UUUCUUAAUCUUAGGUAAGCACUUUAUUCAUAAAAAUAUUAAUAAUUAUUUCAUGCCAAAUCAGGAAUAGUAUUUGCUUCUUUUUAUUUUUUCUUUCUUUUUUAAAAUUUAUUUAUUUAUUAUGUAUGCAACGUUCUGCCUACAUAUAUGCCAACAUACCCAAAGAUGGCACCAGAUAUUAUUAUAGAUGGUUGUGAGCUACCAUGUGGUUGCUGGGAAUUGAACUCGAAGAGCAAUCAUCUCUGAGCCAUUUCUCCAGCCCCCAGGUAUUUCUGUUUUUUAAAACACAUGCUUUUGGGGGGAACUCAUUUUGCAACUGUGUGGGUACCAAAGAAAUAGUAUUACUGUUGGAUUAGUCCACAGUAUCUGUACAAAAUUUUAAAUAUGAACUGAAUACGAUCACUUUUGUUUUUGUUUUUUGAGCCAGGGUUUCUUUGUGUAGCCCUGGCUAUCCUGGAACUUGAUUUGUAGGCCAGGCUGACCUUGAACUCACAGAUUCUCUAAAGGUGUGUGCCAACACUGCCCAGCCUAAAUUAAUAACUUUUGAUGAGCAAAGGCCAGGGAAUUUCCCUACCCUAAACUACAAGCCUAGCCUUUGGAUUUUGAAGUAGGGUCUUCUUGUGUAGCCCAGGAUGACCUCAGAUUUGCCUUAGCCCUGCUGCUUUGAUCUCUCAGGUACUGCGAUUAUAGGCGUGUGCCGCUACAAACUCUGAAAGGGAAUGGCAGACAAGAGAUAAACUAGAAUGGUGGUUGUUGGAAGGCCGCUGGUCAGAGGUUACCGUCUAUCAUGGCCUGGCAGCUUUCCCCAAAGCUUGGCAGCAUGGGGACCAUCCCCAACCCCCAGCAAGACUUUCUGUUCUCUACCUGAUUUCUGGAGAAUAUCCCUGGCCCAGGAAGACUGACUUUGUCUGAAAGCUGUCUUUAAGCCUUGAUGCCUGAUUUAUCUUUAGUAUGACCCUCGGCACAGUUCCCUGCUAGAAGCCUUACCCCUGCUGCACAUAUGGUGACUUAAGCUUGUAUUAGGAGCUUUGCUAUAGGACCCAGCUGCCACAAUCAAAGCCUCAUGGUAGGGGUGUGGUGUGCCACUUAGUGCAAAGUAGGGUUUGUCCCUAUAUAUUCCCUGGAGUAAAGUUGGUAGGACUUACUGAAGUCAUCUCCUAGAGGACUGUCUGAGUUGUACUCACAACCGUCUGAAUCCUGUUCCCUGCUUCUGCUGCCUCCUCCCUCAUGGAUCAGUGCACCAACAAUCUGGAGGAAAAAGUGGGAUCACAGGUAGCAUUGGGAAAGGAAAAGAAAAAAUGGAGUCCAGAAAUUGUGAAGAUGAUUGAAAGGAGUGUUGUCCUAGGAAGCAAAAAUAAUGACACUAUGGGUGGGACCAGGGACUUGUUCCCAAACAAAUGUUUUUCUAACGUUUUCAUAUUUUUAAGAUUAUUUUAUUAUUUUAUGUAUAUAAAAGUGUUUUGCCUCCAUAUAUGUAUGGGCACAAUAGGCAUGCUUGGUACCCAGGAAGGCUAUUGGAUCUUCUUGAACUGGAAUUAGAGACUUACGAGCUACCAUGUUGGUUUGGGGGCUUGAACCCAGGUCCUCUAUAAGAGCAGCAAGUGCUGCUAACCAUUGAGCCAAAUCUCCAACUCCAAGAAGAUAAUAUAUUUUAAUAUUUAUUAUUGUAAAAAUUAAUUGAUCAACUUCAUUAUUUUGUCUUUUAUGAAAACAAGAAUUAAAUGUUAAUUCUUCAGGGUCGGUAUCAAAGUAAUUUUGCUAGUUGCUCCUCAAUCUAGAGUUGAACAACAGCCCUCUGGCAGCUUCCUUUUUCUCAGCUCUUCUUCAUCCAUCUAUAGUCUUCAUUACAUGUAUAUAGAUUUCUUGUAAAGUGUAAUCAGAAAAUAAAACUUUCUCUAGGAUAAAUGGUAUCUCCUGAGUGAUGAAUUUGUUCUUCUCCAUUAUCUAAGCCACAUUCCAACAAAUCCUGUCCAUCAUAGUCUGCCUACCACCUGCAGCCCAGGCUGUAGAAGUGCUGCGUGCUCAAUUUAAACUAAAGAUGUCCUAUGGGCAUUUCUCCUUUAAAAUGAGCGGCGGGAGCUGAAGUGAUGGCUCAGACUGCUGUUCCAGAGAAACCCGAGUUCAGUCCCAUCACCCACACGGUGGUUCACAGCCCUCCAUAACUCCAGUCCCAGAGCGUCUGGUGCUCUCCCGGCUCCUGUGUGCACUCGGUGCACAUCCAUAUGCUCAGACAAAACAGCAUACACAUAAAGAUAAACAACUCUAUAAAAAUUAACAGCUUCCAGUUACUGCCUUGGCCCAGCACUACAAAAAGUCAAAUAGAAGAAAACAAAGAAAGGCUCUUCCCUGGAGCACUGCACCUGCCCACUGUGGUCAUCAUCAUAGGUUCCAGACAUGUGAUUCACCAUACUAUUCAAAAACCCUCAUAUAAAUUAAUCAAGAGGACCCAUGGUUUUAAAAGGUAGGUGUUUGGUAAUUCCUGUUUUAUACAAAAAGCAGAGGCACAGGACAAAGGUAAGUGAUUUUCCUUUUUUUUACCCCCCUAGUUUUUCAAGACGGGAUUUCUCUCUGUAACCCUGACUAUUCUGAAACUUACUUUGUACACCAAGCCAGCCUCAAAUGCACAUAGUUCCACCUGCCUCUUCCUCCCAAAUGCUGGGACUGAAGGCAUGCAUCAUCACACCCAGCGGUAAAUAAGGAUUGAUAGUGCAGGUAGUCCAGCUACCACCCCCACCACGAAACAGCUGAGCUGCUGGUGCUGCUCUCCCAUCCCACUCAGCUGCUCCACAUCACAGCCCCUUUGCAUCAUCUACAUUAGCUCCCAAACAAGGACAAGCUUCAAAUUGUGUCUCUCAUUCUUAGGGCAGUAUACCGAUUGAGUAUACUAGUUUAUAUCCUUUGGUUCAUGACCUUAUCCUGCACUUGAGAUAGACCCUUAAAAGUAAACACCCACCUCUCAUGUGCCAAGAUUAUAAGCACAUACCUGAUUGGUGUGUGCUGGAGGGUGAAUCUAGCACUUUGGGUAAGCAAGCGCUCUACCGACUGAGCUACCUCUCCAGCCACAAGAGUGAACUUUAUAACUAGGAGAGACAUCAUCUUUUAAACUUGGAAAACAUGAGGAAAAUUUAAUAAAAUGUUAAUGGGGAGAAGAGGUUAAAACUGGGAGCUGAAGUAGUUAAGAACGCAUACUGCACUUGUAGAGAACCUGAAAUCAGUUCCCAAUACCUAUGUCAGAUGGCUACCUGUAACUCUAGCUCCAAAGGAAUUCCUAACCUCCACUGUGUCUGCUCAAGGGCACACAGACACAGAGACGACAAUAUAAAAUUUUUACAGGUAUUUUUAAAGGUCAAAUUUUGAGGUUUUUAUUUAGGUAAAUUAAAAGAAAACGGGGAUGUGUGGUAGAACCUUGCCUAGCUAGGCGUCCUGGGACACAUCCCUGACACAGGAAGGAGAGGAAGGGUAGCAAGAUUUAACUAAAAAGGCACAGCCUGAGGUCAGGAUAGGCCACAGCGAUUCCACCGGAAAGUAAAGCUGACGGGAGUGGCCAGUACUGUCUUUUUUGAGAUAAGAUUCACCAGCUUUGUUUCCUAACUUUCCGAGCAGUCCUUAGCACUCCAGAGGAAUUUAACCAGGAAUUUAACCAUAAUGAACUUGGUCCUGUGAUAAGAAAGCAUAAUUAGAUACUUCUUAUCGCUAGAACUAUUUUCCUGUUGUCCGUUUGCAACAAUAUAGGAAUAGUAGCUUCCUACAUUAAGAAAAUUGUACUGUAACAUUUUUUAAACAUUUAAAUAGAGGUGAUAAUAUACUGAACCCAUGUCUAAUUGAAUAACCUUACCAAGAUUUCCAGUACUUCUAACAUAACUGUCCCGUUUGGGAGUGUCCAGGGCACUCUCAGGUGUGGUGAUUUCCUUAAAAACAAAAUCUCCACCCAUAAAGUCAGGAACAACACUGAAAGCCUCUCAGCGAUCACGUGUGAAAAAGCAAGGAGCAGUGCAACCAGAAAAGCGCCCCCACAUCUGUGUGCAGAGUUCUCACUGCACACGCGCAGAUCGGAAAGUGCCCCCACAUCUGUGCAGAGCUCUCCCUUCACGCUAGCAGAUCUAGUCCCUCUGAAAGUCAAGCUGAUGCCCAGAGACUCAAAGCCUCCACCAUAAGUGGGAUGUCAGAAAUUACCAGGUGCAACGGGAAAGAUCAGAUCUUUCUUUGGGCCAAAGUUAAAUUUAUUAACACAAUAUGGAUAGGUAUAUCUCCAUCUCUCUUUCCUUUAUUAUUUUCGGCAUUAAAAAUGUUUAGAAAGCCAGGCACAGUGAAACACAUCAGUAGCCUCUGCAUAGAAGAAGCGGAGGGAGGAAGAUUAGUGUCCGCAGUGGCCAGUUUCAACUACAUAGAAGGGGUGUUUCAAAAAGGAGCGGAGCUCUGUGGUAGAGAGUCUGCCCCACAUGUAGAAGAUCCUGGGUUUGCUCUUCAGCACCAUUAGAUAUGGCCGAUGGAUCUCUGAGUUCGAGUCCAGCUUGGUCGGCAGAGCUAGUUCCAGCACAGCCAGGACUACAUAGAGAAACCCUGUCUUGAAAAGCAAAAAAUAAAAAUAAAAGCUUACAGACAAAACAGCAAGAAUAAACGAAUCGUGUAUGUUUACCCAGAUUUCCUAAUUCUUAAUACUUUAUCCCAUUUUUGUUGUUUUGAGUCAGUGUUCCGUUGUCCUGGCUGGCGUGGUACCCCCACAGCACACACUUCAUGUACACAGCGGGUGCAGACGCCCAGGAGGGGAGGGGACCGUGGGACGCGCGGCGCAGCUCCCCCUGCCGCCCGCGGGAGGAACCAGCGCGGCUCGCUGGACGCGGGAACAUGGCGCGGCCGCCGGCGAGCCCCGGGUCGCAGGCGCCCGACCCGGACCAACGGGAAGCCAACGUGGUGACGCGUGUGUCGCAGUGGGCGGACAGCCACCUGCGCCUUGUCCAGAACAUCAGCACGGGAAUGGCCAUAGCUGGGAUCGUGUUACUAAUGAGGAGUGUCCGUCUGACAUCAAAAUUUACAGCCUCUUCAGAUAUUCCAGUUGAGUUUAUAAGGAAGAAAGUGAAGCUCCGUGGCCGAUUACACCGGAUAACCGAGUGUGGUCUAGAAAUUGAACAUAUUCCUAUUACUUUACCUUUUAUAUCUUCGUGGAAAAAAGAGCCAUGUGGGGUUUUGCUGGUUAAGCUGGCUGGAGUAGAACUCACUGAAACCGGUAAGGUCUGGUUACAGAAAGAGCUAAAACCUUCCCAGCUACUGUGGUUCCAGCUUCUUGGAAAGGAGAAUUCAGCACUCGUUUGCUACAUUCUAGUGAACAAGGGUGGAUACUUUAACGUGAAUCUGAAUGAGGAAAUUUUGAGAAGAGGCUUGGGCAAAACUGUUCUUGUUAAAGGGUUAAAUUAUGACUCAAAAACCCACUGGAAAAUCCACAGAAACUUACUUAAGGCUGAACUGACAGCCGUAAAGAAAGGAGAAGGAAUAUGGAAGGAAGAGUCUGAAAAAGAAAGCUAUUUGGGAAAAUUCAAAGAUUCCUGGAGAGAAAUAUGGAAAAACGACAAUUGUUUAAAAACAAGCAGACCAGAUUUCCACUUGACCAAAGACAGUUAUUAUAACAGGUUUUGGAGGGCUUAUGGAAGCUGGAAGGACCACGUGGGCAACUUCUCUUUAGUUCUGAAACUCAGAGAACUCAUGAGCCGACUGCACUUCAGGAGAAAAAGAUGAAGCAUCCUUGAGGCCUAGAGGUGACCUCUGAUGAGUGCAUGACUCCAUGACCACUUUUUGUUGAGUCAAAAUGAAAAUUUCUUCAGGUGACCAAAAUUCUAGUCUAGUGGUCCUUAAAGAUUCAAAACACUGUUAACACCAAAAUCAAUUUGAAAGAAUUAUGAUCAAUGUAAUAUACUUUCAGGAAAAAAAUGGCACACUAUACAGUUACCUGGUAGAACUAGUGUUUUGCCUUUUUCUUCUCCUGCCCUGCCCCCUAGUGCUGUGGAUUGAAUGCAGGGCCUCAUGCACUCUGGAUUCACUAACAUACCAUGACUCAGUCUCAUUGCCAGCCCCAUACUGCUAAUGUCUCAAGAGAAAGUUCAAGUAUUGACUAUUAAAUUAGUUAUUUGGUACAGUCAGAUUUAAUAUUUGUUUUUCAAUUUCAUCAACUUUAUAAUAAAGGAAGUUUUGGAAUGUU